GCCGCCCACCUACCCAUGCAGCACCCCAAACCCUUCUACGUACCUGCGGCUCCCCAAGAAGGCUUCCGGCCCCGGGGCCUGGAGAGCGCCAAGGGGCCAGGCAGCCAGCCCGCGGCCGCCUGCACCGAGCCACCUCCCGCCGUGGGCUCCUCUACCCUGUACCACCUCCCAAACCCGGAGAAAGAGGUGUUUCCGGCUCCCCCUGCAGGGUUCCAGAUGGCCCCCUGCGGGUGCUUCUUUGACCCUCGGAUCUACCGGAUUGAGUGGGCCACCACUGACUUUGGCCAGUCGUCCCUGUACAAGCUGGUGGCGGCGGCAGGCAGUGUGGGGCCCGCGGGGGUCCCGGCUGGGGGCCCGGCCUCACCGGGCAGCUACCUGCUGGAGCCCCAGCACUACCUCAAGGCUCCAGGGCCGCCCCCGCCGCCCCCGAACCCCCACUACCAGCCGGCGCCCGGCGGGGCCCAGUACCUCGUGCCCUACUUCCCGCCCGAGGGGCCCGGCCCAGAGGCUCUGGGCUUCGUGGGGGACGGGGGGCCGCCCGCCUUUGGGGAGCUGCCCCCGGCGCCCCCCAAGGAGAACAAGCCAGCCCCCGUGGUCAUCGCGCUGCCCGCCGAGCCCGCGCUGCCGCCCAGCGCCUACGGCCACCUCAGGGGCAGCCUCGGCCAGUUCCCCGCGCCUGAGGCCACCUUCCCCGCCAAGGAGCUGCUGCACCCGCCCGGCCUUGGCGAGCCCAAGGCGGCUGAGGCCCAGGAGGCGGCCCCACCGAGGGCAGGCGAGGCCAAGGCCCCGGAGGCGGCCAGAGCCUUUGCGCUGCCCGACAAGGUGCUGCUGGAAGACGCCAUGAAGCUCUUCGACUGCCUGCCGGGCGGCGCCGAGCCCGAGGGUGUCCCCCGCAAGGUCCCCGGGCCCGCCCUGCCGGACAGCCGCGGCGGCGGUGACGACUCCAGCGACAUCCACUCGCUACACCUGCCCGACGAGCUGCUGUCCUUCGACUACAGCGUCCCCGAGAUCCUGGACACCGUGUCCAACGUGGACUGCUUCUUCAACUUCCGGGCGCUGGAUGACGAGCCGCCGCCCCGCCCGGGGCCCCCCGCGGUGGACGCCGCCACCCCCAUCCCGCCCGGCAAGAGGAAGGCCGGCUCCUCGGCCACCAAGAAGGGCAGGCCGGGUGGGAAGGGCAAGCAGCCCGCGGGCCCCGCCAGCACCGUCCCCCCGGGGCCCAGGCAGGACCUGGGCGCUGCCCCCCAUUAA